AUGGAUGCAAAUCUUUCGUUUUUUAAAUUCCCUUUUGUAGACGUUGAACCUCUUGAAAUAGACUUCAAUAAAAGCAAACCACAAGAUAGCUACGAUGAUCUUCAAAAGGCUUUACCUUCCCACGGAGGUCUGUUGGCAACGGACGAUGUAUUAGCUCAAUUUUUGUCAGCGGAAGGACCUUUGGAAGAACCCGACUUAAACGGACCCACAACUUUGCAUUGCGAAAUUUGUAGGAAAAAGUUUGAUAAUGCUAAAAAGUACUAUGGACAUCUAAGAGUUCAUUCCAAACAAAAUCUUUGGAUUUGUGAUAAAUGUCCCGAUCAGAAGUUUUCAACAAAACAGCAACUCAUGAAGCAUGGAUUAACACAUAAGCCAUUGACUAGAGUUUGGAAGUGUCCACAGUGCACAAUGGCUUUUGAAGCACUCUGGAGUUUACAACAGCAUCUCUUUGGAAAACACUUAGAUUACAGACCACACAAAUGUGAUCAAUGCGAAAAAUCUUUUUACAAAUUAUCAGAUCUAAAGAAACACAAGUACUUGCAUAGUGAUUCAAAAAAAUAUCCAUGUCCAACCUGUCAGUUACAAUUUAGAGAUAAAUCAAAUUUUAAGCGACAUUUAUUAACACACACCAAUGAAAAACCAUUCUGCUGUCCUGGUUGUGGAAACAGAUUUAAGCAGUUGGCUUCUAUGAAUAGACAUAAACAAAACUGUGCAAUGAACAUCAGGAACCAAAAUGAAAUUAUGGAUAAAAAUGUUAGAAAAAAUUAUUGUAGAGUUUGCGGUAUGACAUUUCAAUAUAAAAGUGCAUUGCUGGAACAUUGUGUCAGAACACAUACUAAUCCAACAAAAGAGUCUAGUAAAGAUGACAAAAAUAACCCGAUCGUCGCAGAUACAAACCGCACUGUAGAAAAUAUUGUAGAUGACAUUUUAUCAGCGGAAGACGACUACAUGAUCAUGCCAACUCAAAGAGAAAUGGAAACAUUUAAUAACCACUAUAACCCAGACCCUACAAAUGAUGAUUAUUUAAUGCAAAUGCAAGUCGAAUUUCUAAAAGAGAUAAAACAGUUACAUAUUUUAGAUGAUGAAUUACUUUAUAAUGAUAUAGAUUUAGAUAGUUUUCCAACUAACCAAGUCUUUAACCCACAACGUUUGGACACAACAACUGCAAAUGAUAGAAGUGGUGAUAUACCCUUUGAUUUCACUGACGGCGGGAAGAGUAUGGAUCAGGAUAUUAUGAAUGCCUUGUAUCAGGUAAAAACUGAUAAUUUUCCUGAAGACUUACUAAAUGUACCCAAUAUUGGCAGUUUUAAUGAUAAACCAAAUGAAUUAGAUCCUCCUGUGUCAGUUAAUGAAUGCGCCACAAUAUUCGAAAGUGACGUCGAUUUAGAAGCUAGCACAAACUUAGCCGCUAAUUUGAAUCAGUUAAUUGGAGAAAAUAGUGUGCAGUAUAUAUCAACGGAAGAUGAUGACACAUUUAUUAUAAGUUUGAAUAGUGGAAUUGAUGCAGAACAAUUGACGGAUAUGUUAAAUAUAGGAGUAGAGCUGACAGAAGAAAAAAAUAACCCAGGAGAGAAAGUUCCAGAAGCUGAUAGUGUAAAUCAAGUGGUGAAUAUCGUAGAUCCAAUAAUACUUGAAAUAAGUGAAGUGAAACAACCUACCACUAGUGAGGAAAAAGAAAAUGCGCAAAAUGUUAAGACAAAGAAAAAAAAGAGGGUAAUUUUUGUCUGCAGGACAUGUAAUAAAGUUUUCAAGAACAAGGACUGUUAUAAGUCACAUAUUGCGACCCACGAGCCGUCACUGCGUCGUCACGUUUGCGAAGUGUGUGGCGAGCGCUUCAGCUACCGCUCUACACUCAACAAGCACCGAGUCGCCGCUCACGAACCUCGCGUUCUACCCGAGCACGCCUGCCAGCAAUGCGGGAAAACAUACCGCGCCGCGUGGAUGCUAAAGAAUCACAUUGAACGGGACCACGAGAGACUGAUGCCAUACGUGUGCGAUGAGAAACAAUGCGGUAAAAAGUUUUACAAGAAGUCUGAUCUCGUUGUGCACAAAAGAUAUCACACGGGCGAGCGUCCGUACGUGUGCGACAUUUGCAAGAGCUCUUUCCCGCAUGUGUCCCAUCUUAAGAGGCAUGUACGGAGCGUGGACUGUACUAAAAGGUGA